AUGCAAGUGACGUCUUCUUCACUUACGCUCUUGCUCUUUGCAGUCACGGCAUCAUGCCAGCAAGACAUUAGCAACCAAGAGACGGAUUCCCAAGGCACGACAGCAACCCACCCUUGGUCCUUCACACCUUUCAUUCCUGCCCCACCUCCCCUCAUCGACGCCAACUUCGAAGCCAUCGGAGAUGCAUCUUCACCCGCCACCCCGAACCCAAGCGUCACCCCAGCCCCAGGCAUCGCCACAAACUUCAAAACAUCUAUCGUCACACCCGCCGCCCCGACGGCCCACCACCUUAACCCCCGCCAGUGGAGAAGCACCGAAGACAAAGAAAACACCGUCAUGUGCCGGUCCAGAGCCCGCUACGACGUCCGCGCCAAGCCCUUCAAUCUCUGGACCCUCCACGCCGGCAUCCACUACCGCUGGAGGCACAAGUUUGAAAUCCCCGUCGAGCUCAACAGCAGCAGCACCGACUACGAGAUCAUCCCCCGCACCUACCGCGUCCACCUCGACACCAACAUUCGGGGGUACGCAAAGGACGGCCUCAACUGGAUCUGCGACACCAUCAGGGCGAGGAACUUUGGCGAGGUCCGGCCCGACCUGGUCCGCCCGGCGCCCGGCCAGCGCAUCGAGGUCAAACCCGACCCGCGCAUCGAGCUCCGGCCGCCCGGACAUGUCGUCUGGUGGGGCGUCUUUUACGUCAAGGCGGACGAUCCCGCCUUUUACAAAAUCAUCAGGUCGCAUGUCGUAGUCAAGAUCCAGCCGUUGUUCAACAAAAUCGGCGAGCCUCUCCCGAAUGAUUGGGUGAACCAGCAUGAUGACAAGCCCCUGGAACCGGUGGUGAGGAACAGGCCCUUGCCCGGCUACUAUCCUGGCCCUACAUUGAUCUGA